AUCUUUGAGCUUUACAAGUAUGCCGACUACAUCAGCUGUCUAGCCCUCAGACGUGCUGUGAUGACUCACGCACUAAGUCUCUGCACGGGGUUUGAUGAUGGUCUCUCCUUUGUCACCUACAGAUCACUGCGCGACAGUAAGAUCUUGACCGAGCAUCGAGAUUCGUCACUCUACAAGUGGAUUGUCGACACCUUCGCUUUCCAUUGGGAAGCUGGCUGGGAUGAAGAGGAUCUUGACUGCGAUGAUGAUUGCUCUGACAACUUUGAUGUCCCUAACGACGUGCCUGGCAGUUUCUUCUACGACCAACGCCGGGUAUUGGAUGAGUGUCGAAAACAGAUCAAGAAAGGAUCCGAUCGUGGCGUGUGUCGCUGCUGUGAAAGUGCCUGCACCUACCAUGAACACACCAGCGAAGCUGAAAGGAUGGCUACGUGCGGAGCUGAGAAGGAAGUAUUGGACUUACCUUGGAAGUUUCAGGAGGACGAUGCCGAUGAUAUCAACGAAACCAACGCAGAGACAGUUAAUGAGCACGAAGAUAAACCUGUGGACGUCGAGACGGAAGGAAGAAGCAAGGAAGCUGAAAACAACAGUUUCGUCGAGGAGCUAGUCGACACUGUUGACACCACCGAGGACAUGGAGCCAGACGUUAAUGGUAAGCGCAAGGCGGAAGACAACGACGAGGAAGAAGAAGAAGUUUCGGUCAAGAAGCACAAGCAGGAGGCA